ACACAAAUUUAUAUAAAAUAAUACGCGUGGGGGAAUUUUCGCGAACAAAACGAGUCCGCGUAAUUAGCGUAAAACCCCCCUCGCGUAAAUUUCAACGUUUACAGUACUAUGGUAUAUAUUCUGAAAGGUCUCACUCCUGACAUCAAGAUAUAAACUAUUAUAGUAGCAACCAUGUUUAUGCAAUCAGGGUUGAUAUGACGGCGUUGGUACAGUGACGAAUCCCAAUCCCGCGGUGGUAUCAUGUAAUACAAUAACAUCACGUUUGGAGCAAAAUCCCAGUGAUCGUUGGCAUGUUUGUAAUGUUGAUAAAGAUGACAAACCGUUCCCAAUUAAAAACAUAUGAGUGCUAAGCAGGAGUGUAAUCUACAAUUUUUUGGGUCUGGUUUCUCUUGUCUAGGGGACAGAAAUCAAUGCCUUACCCACAGGGACAAUCGUUAAAAUAAAGGCCCAUAGUGAGGCAGUGUUAAUGGAGACAAAGUGAACAAGCUGUUCAAGAUAGAAUAAAAACGAUAUCAUUAAUUAAGUCACUUUUCAGCAAUCAUGUAAUCAUAUCAGCUGAUACUACCUGCAGGUUUUUGCAUGCAUAUCAAAAGAAUUUGUCAUGUACAUAUAUUAUAAGCUGUCGAAAUAAAACGGCUGGUUUGACUCUAAGUGACGCAGACAAUUAUCAUGGCGUAUCAGGCGAUGGCUGUUUAUCUGUUGGUAGCAAUCGUUGGUGUCUUUGUCAGCUCAACGGCGGCUUAUACGAAACCGAACCGCGGCAUUUUGUUCGAAAACUGUCCAAUAGGUACCAUCCCGGGCAAUGCGUUUUUGGACCCCGCGGUAGGAAAGAUCCUGUUAUCAUGCAGAAAGGCGCCAUCGCCUGUUGGAAAAUGUGUACUUUUGGAUGAAGAUGAUCCAACACAAUCGAAUGGGUGUCCUCCCAACUUCGCGUUUGUGGGCAUAGAUCGACAACGACCAAUUUGCUGUCAAUUUCAAGGUAUUCACAUCACAGAUUGCCGAUUGACGAGACAUUUGUAUUCGACCAAAAUUGGGUUUGAUAUUAAAGUCCCGGAAGGCUACGCAGUGGUUGGCAGACAAAACUACGGAUCGUGCAGAGCAGAUCCAACCGUGUUCCGGGUCAAAAUUUGCAAAUUAACACAAACAAUGGCCUACCCUAACUAUUACCAUAUGAUUUAGAUAAACAUUCAUCAGAAUAUAUAUGGCGAAUUACAUUGGUUCCCGUGUGGCAUUGAUCAACUGUGAAUGUGUAGGCUGUUACAUUGAUGAAAAGACUAGCAUUGUGCUGAUCCAUAUAGCUUUAAAUUGCAAAGCUGGUUAGUCACUAUCGUGAUUGAAUACUGUUGUGUAGGAUCAUGUCCUAUCGGUUAACGUACAAUAAAUGUGAUUUUGCGAUAA